AUGACAUACUACCUCAACUAUUAUUGGCAAAAGGGCUCAAAUGGAAUAGAGGUACAGCACUAUUACCCAGGAAGUCCUGAGGUUUUACAUGUGGAAACACAUGUAUUGGUGGAUGGUGCUCUUGCUGCCUUUUUCAAAAGCCAGGCACUUCAUGCACAUAACGGCGUUAACACAAUGGUUGUGGUUCUAUAA